AUGGCUCUCGCUAAGCUUGCUCAGUUCUACCGGUCAUGUCUGUUCCAAAUCAUCAUCGUUGGACUCGUGGCAUUCUGCGAGCCAGGUAUCUGGACGGCGCUGAAUAACUUGGGGGCCGGAGGAAACGCAAAGCCGUUCCUUAACAAUGCCGCGAAUGCCCUCACAUACGGACUCAUGUCCGUGGGCUGCUUCAUAGCCGGCGGUGUCACGAACAAGCUCACCGCCAAGUGGACCCUGUUCAUCGGCGCAGCCUUCUACACGCCCUACGCAGCCGGUCUCUACUGCAACAACCGCUACGGCAAUGAGUGGUUUCUGUUGCUCGGCGCGGCCUUGUGCGGCAUAGGCGCCUCGUUACUUUGGGCAAGUGAGGCGAGCAUUGCCGUCGGGUAUCCCGAGGCAGAGAAGCGAGGCCGAUAUGUUGGCAUUUGGAUGGGUAUCCGUCAAAUGGGCCCCCUCGUCGGCGGUGCAAUCUCUCUGGCGCUGAACAUCAAGACAUCCGAGAAGGGCAAGGUGACGUACACGACCUACCUGGGCCUCGUUGCCAUCUCAUCCCUGGGCGCUCCGUUCGCGCUGCUGCUCUCCCAGCCGCAAAAGGUCGUCAGAACAGACGGCACCAAGAUUCCGUACAUGAAGCAGACCAACUUCGCCACCGAAGCCCGCGCAAUCUGGAAGCAGCUGAGGAACAAGUACAUGCUGCUGCUCAUCCCCGUCUUCCUGGCAGGGCAGUUCGGCACCACGUACCAAGGAAACUACCUCACAAGUGCGUCUCAUCUCUCCCCCAUAUCCAUCUCAACCACUGACAGGAUCCGCGCAGCCUACUUCACCGUCCGCUCCCGCGCCCUCGCCUCCUUCCUCACAGCCGUCGUCGGCGCCGCGGCCAACCUCAUCACCGGCGCCAUCCUCGACAUCAAAAGCAUCGAGCGCUCUGCCAAGUCCAAGGCCGUCUACCUCACCAUCCUCGUCUUCGUGACCGCCGCCUGGAUCUGGAACGCCGUCAUCGAGACGCGGCUCUCCUCGAUGGCGGACCCGCCGUCCUUCGACCUCGGCGACGGCGCCUUCUUCAACUCCGCCUUCACGGUGUACAUGUUCUUCAAGUUCUUCUACGAGAUGCUGCAGACGUACAUCUACUGGCUGAUGGCGGAGAUCAAGGGCGCGCAGGGCGACGGGGACAUCGCGCGCACGACGGGCAUCCUGCGCUCGUGGGAGAGUAUUGGCAGCACGAUUGCCUAUGCGGUGGGCGCGACGCACUGGCCGAACAAGAACCAGAUGAUCCUGGGGUUCACGCUGUGGGGCGUCACGAUCCCGUUUACGCUGCUUGCGGUGUUUGGGAACUGGAACACGGGUGGGGAGGGGGAGGAGGAGGUGCAGGAGGUGAUUGAGAACUCGGACGGGACGGAGAGUGAGCUUGGGGUGGAGAGGGUUACGGUGCAGGGGAAGAGGGAAGAGGUGUGA